GAGCGAGAGAGAGAGAGAGAGAGAGAGAGAGAGAGAGAGAGAGAGAGGCGUCUCUUCGCGUCCGGCACAACGAGCUCAUUACCGUUUCUCUCUCUCUGCGCGCCUGGAAACGGAUUUACGCGGCACGAACCGGAGGAGUUCCGAGGACUAGUAGGAUGCUGAGUAUCUUUCCUCCUCGCCACUGUUCUCCACCGUGCUCUCCAUGACCUGAGAGCGCCGCCACAGCGGGAGGAACGAAACACCAGAGAGCGAGAGAGAGAGGAAGAGGAGGGUAGAAGGUCAGGGAAGGACGGAAGACACCUUUUUAGUUGUUAUCCUUUGUUUUCCCUUUCUGAAAUGGCGGCGACGGAGGCCAGCGCUGCACCAGUGGUCCAGGAGGACGGGAAAACCCCCGAGAGCAAGCCCACAGAGGCGGAGCAACCGGCGCAAAACGCCAACGCCAACUCAGAGACUGUGAACAGCGAGGUGGUCGACAAAGACGGCGCCGCCGUCAACAGCGAGGUGGUCGACAAAGACGGCGCCGCCGUCAACAGCGAGGUGGUCGACAACAAAGAGACUGUGAACAACGACGCGGCGGCGGCUGCGGAUGGAAACGAGGAGGGAGGAGCAGCGGCGGGCGGAGAGGAGGCGGCAGCGCCUCAGAGCUCGGAGAACGCCUCCUCUGCCGAGCCCAAGACCUCGUUCCUGGACUCGUUCCUCAACAAGAGCGGCCUGGGGAAGGUGAUGGGAGGGAGGAAGAAGAAAGAGCAGAGCGCAGCCGCCGGAGGAGGAGAGGAGAGCGCCACCGAGGGAGGAGCCGAGGGCGAGAAGGGAGAGGAGGCUGCGGCCGCUGAGGGCGGAGCCGAGGGAGGAGCCGAGGGAGAGGCAGCCAUAGAGAAGGCUCCGGAGAACGGCGAGAAGGAGGAGGAGAAGAAAGACAAGGGAAAACCGUCGGAGGGGAAAUCCAGCGUCCGAGAUCUGAUCAGGAAACCGGUGGCGAGGAUCUUCUCCCAUCGCAGCACCGAGAAGAAGGACGGCGCCGCCGCGGAACCCCAGAAACCAGUCAAGGUCCGAUCCAAGUCCCUGGACCGGCUUGAAGAUCCCGAAGCACUUAACGCCACCGCAGACGCCGCCGUGGAGGAGGAAGGAGCAGCGGGGGGAGCGGAGGCAGAAGCGGAGGAGGAGCAGAAGACCUCGUCCUCCUCGGCAGCCACCAAGCACAUGAAGCGCUGGCACUCCUUCAAGAAGCUCAUGGCUCAGAAGGCGCACAAGAAGAGCUCGGGAGGAGCGGAGGACGCUAAGGAGGAGGCGGCGGAGGCAGAAGGAGGCGGCGGAGACUCGUCCACGCUGGACUCCAAGGAGUCGGGCCAGAAGAGGUGGAAGCUGAAACGCUCCUGGACCUUCCAGGGCCUGAAGAGGGACACGUCCAUGGUCGGCAUCAGCGGCAAGGCCAAGGGCUCCGACAAAGACUCUGCUGACAACGCCAAGCCCGAGGAGGCGGCGGCGGCAGUAGGAGGAGACGAGGCCGGAGACGAGGCCAAGGCAGAGGGAGGAGCAGAGGAGGCCAAGGCAGAGGAGGGGGGCGAGGACAAGGAGAAGGCGGAGGGAGGCGAGGAGGAGAAGGCAGCGGCAGCCGGAGGCGGGACGGUGACGCAACACGCCAACGAGAUCUGGACCUCGUUCAAGAAGCGCGUCAUCCCCAAGUCCAAACGAGCCAACACGGAGUGCGCCGCCAGCGCGGAGGAGGACGCCGCCGCCGCCGCCACAGCAGCAGCUGCCGCCUCAGGUGAGGAAGGAGCCGCCGAGGAGGGCAAGUCGGCCAAGGCCAAGCGCACGCAUUUCAACCGCGCGGUUUCCCUGAAGAACUUCAUCCUGCGAAAGGGCAAAUCCACCAGCGUGGACCAGGGCGAGGGCGCCAAGGAGGAGGAGGAGGAGGCCGCCGCCGUGGAGGGAGCUGAGGCAGCCGAGGAAGGAGGCGCCAACGACGAGGCCGCCACAGCGACGGCCGAGGAGACCAACGACAAAGACGCGGCGGCGGCGUCCGAGAAGACGCCGGCGGAGGGCGGCGAGGCGGCGAAGACGCCGGCAGCGGCUCCGGUGACCAACGGGGAGAACGGCUGCUCCAACGGCACGGCGGAGGAGAACGCCUCACACAAUCACCAGGAGGAGGAGGAGCAGGAGAAGACGACGGCGAGCAGCCCGGUGAAGAAGACCAAGGAGGCUGGGGGAGUGAAGGAGGAGGCCAACACCAAGAUCAUCAACGCCACGGCGGCUGUGAACAGCGACAAAAAGGCGGGAAACGUGUGAGGCCACACAAAGAGGAUUAAAACUGCCCGGGAUUCGCUGAGCAAGGAGCUCUGAGCCCCGCCCACCCUCACCCCCCUCCUCCCCUCCAUCCCCCUUCUUCUUCUUCCUCCUCCCGAAUAAGCGGAGUGAUCACGUGUCACCACGGUGAGAGAGAGAGAGACUGAGAGAGCGAGAGAGAUGCGAUUCACGUAGAUGAGAAGUGAAAAAUAAAUAAUUACUCAGAAAGCAAUAAUUCAAUGCUUCUCCCCGCCCCCCCAUCAGCCCCCCCGUCGUCCGACACAUGCGUACGUACAGACAGACGUGUACAUCCAGUGUUUUUACUUCUUUUCUUUGCUUGUCUGUGAGAUUUUAUAUUGUCUACGAGAGAAAAGAAAAACGCAGAAAUGUAUAAACAAAAAAAUCGAGCCCCCCCCCCCCUUGUUGAACGACAUGAACUCUGCUCUCCGUCUCUGCCGACUCCUGAUUGGUGGAUUGAAAAGAACAAAAAAAGGACAAAAAAAAGACUUAGUUUUAUAUCGACGGCCAUUUUGGUUUGUAGUUCCCCCCCCCCCCCUCCCCCUCCUCCCCCCCCCCCAGUAGAUAUUUGACAGUGUACAGCAGGACCACGUUGCUCCGGUGUAUAAACCGCCCUGAGGACGGCCACUCCCCCGACCAACACUUCAACGUCUCCAGCUCUGUGUGUUCAAUGUUUUUUAGACUGUUAUAUUGUGUACAUGACAUUAAAUGGAAAAAAAGAAAAGAAAAAACACCAUCCAAUAUUGUUAUUGAAGUCAAAAUGAUUUUUUUCUCUUCUUUUUCCCCCCGUUCGGUUUGGAUUCUCUCUUUUCUUUGUUUUUUUUUUUUAACAUCUUCUCACCGUUACCGCAGUCUGAUGAUAUGCUGUAAUUAAAACAUAAUAAUAAUAAUGAUAAUAAUGAUGAUGAUGAUGAUGAUGAUGAUGUUUUGUUGGUUCCAAGUUUUCACAUGUCCGCUAGCAAAUUGUCAAAAGAAAAGAAAAAAAAAAAAUAGUUCAAUAAAGACUAAAAUCUAACAACUAAACUGCAAA